GGCAAAGUUGCUGUUUGCAGAGCCAGUGGCUGUUUGCAGUCUGUGUGUAUUAAGUGUUCAGCUCUGAUGGACACCAACAGGGGCCUCCCAGCCAUCGAGAGCCACAGGGACCUCCACAUAUGGAUCACUGAGAACCUGAAGAUAGUGCCGGUCCCCGAGCGGGCUUAUGGGAACUUCUUUGAGGAGCACUGCUAUAUCGUCCUGCACGUCCCCCAGAGCCUGAAGGCCACGUCGGGGGCGCCCAAAGACCUGCACUACUGGGUCGGGAAGGAGGCGGGUGUGGAGGCGCAGGGUACGGCGGGCUCCUUCGUGCAGCACCUGCAGGAGGCGCUGGGUGGCGCCACCGUGCAGCACCGCGAGGCGCAGGGCCACGAAUCCGCCUGCUUUCGCAGCUACUUUCGCCCUGGAAUCAUCUACCGGAAGGGAGGCCUGGCCUCUGCCCUCAGGCACGUGGGGACCAACGUGUACAACAUCCAGCGACUGCUGCGCAUCAGAGCGGGGAAGCACGUGUCAGCCAGCGAGGUGGAGCUCUCCUGGCACAGCUUUAAUAAGAGUGACAUCUUCCUGCUAGACCUGGGCAAGAUGAUGAUCCAGUGGAAUGGGCCCAAAACCAGCACUGCUGAGAAGGCGCGGGGCCUGGCCCUGACCCGCAGCCUCCAGGACAGGGAGCGUGGUGGCCGUGCACAGAUUGGUGUGGUGGAUGAUGAGGCUGAAGCCACUGACCUCAUGCAGAUCAUGGAAGCUGUGCUGGGCUUCAGAGUGGGCAACCUGCACACCGCCAUGCCCAGCAAGAAUACUGACCAACUGCAAAAGGCCAUUGUCCGCCUCUACCAUGUCUACGAGAAGGGCAAGGAUGUGGUGAUCCAGGAGUUGUCGACCUGCCCUCUGGCCCAAGACCUACUGCAGGAGGAGGGCUGCUACAUCCUGGACCAGGGUGGUUUCAAGAUCUACGUGUGGCAGGGACGCACGACUAGCCUCCAGAAGAAGGCCGCCUUCAGCAGGGCUCUGGGCUUCAUCCAGGCCAAGGGCUACCCGAGCUACACCAAUGUGGAGGUGGUGGACGAAGGCGCCGAGUCAGCCGCGUUCAAGCAGCUGUUCCGAUCGUGGUCUGGGGAGCAGCGCAAGAACAAGCACCUCCGCGGAAUGGGUAAAUUACUUCAGGUGAAACUGGACGUGGGCAAGCUGCACAGCUAUCCUGAGCUGGCGGCCCAGCUCAGGAUGGUGGACGACGGCUCUGGGAAGGUGGAGGUGUGGUACAUCCAGGACUCACGCAGGCAGCCCGUGGACCCCAUGCAUCACGGACAGUUGUGCGCAGGCAACUGCUACCUUGUCCUCUACACAUACCAGAAGAUGGGCCUCGUCCAGUACAUCCUGUACCUGUGGCAGGGCCUCCAGGCCACCGCACACGAGAUCAAGGCCCUGAAGGGCAACGCCGAGGAGCUGGACCUCCAGUACCACGGAGCGCUGGUAUAGGAGCACGUGACCAUGGGCAGCGAGCCCCCUCACUUCCUCGCCAUCUUCCAGGGCCAGCUGGUGAUCUUACAGGGGAGCGCUGGGCACAAUGGGAAGGGGCAGCCAGAGUCCGCCGCAAGGCUCUUCCACGUACGAGGCACCGACAGCUACAGCACCUGGACCCUGGAGGUGCCAGCCCGUGCCUCAGCCCUCAACUCCAACGAUAUCUUCCUGCUGGCCACAGCCGGCCUCUGCUACCUCUGGUUUGGGAAGGGCUGCAGCGGUGACCAGCGUGAGAUGGCACGGACAGUGGUCACCGUCAUCUCCAGGAAGGACAAGGAAAUGGUGCUGGAGGGUCAGGAGCCUCCCCACUUCUGGGAGGCCCUGGGGGGCCGGGCACCCUACCCCAGCAGCAAGAGGCUCCCCGAGGAUGUGUCCGACUUCCAGCCACGACUGUUUGAGUGCUCCAUCCAGACGGGCCCCCUGGUCCUCACGGAAGUGGUGUUCUUUAGCCAAGAGGACCUGGACAAGUAUGACCUCAUGUUACUGGACACCUGGGAGGAGAUCUUCCUGUGGCUGGGGGCAGCUGCGAGCGAGUGGAAGCAGGAGGCUGUGGCCUGGGGCCGGGAGUACCUGAAGACCCACCCAGCAGGGAGGAGCCUGGCCACGCCUAUCGUGCUGGUCAAGCAGGGCCACGAGCCUCCCACCUUCACUGGAUGGUUCCACACCUGGGACCCCUACAAAUGGACCAAUAAUCAGUCUUAUGAGGAGGUGGUGGAGGGCGGCCUGGGAGCAGUAUCUGCCAUCUCAGAGAUAACAGCACAGGUCAGCAACUUCCGGCUGUCCAGAUGGCCAAGCAAUGGCAGGGCAGGCCCGUUGGCCCUGUGGGCCCUCAAGGGCUCCAAGGACAGCUCCGAGAACCAGCUGGAGCUGGGCCCCAAGGCGGGCAGCGGCCCCAGAUCCAUGGCCAGCGGGAGCCUGCCCCGAGAAUGGCUGAGGCACCAGGCUGUUGAGGACCUGCCGGAGGGUGUGGACUCGGCCCACAAGGAGUCCUAUCUCUCAGACUCUGAUUUCCAAGAUAUCUCUGGGAGGUCCAAGGAGGAGUUCUACAGCAUGGCCAAGUGGAGGCAGCAGCAGGAGAAGCAGCAGCUCGGCUUCUUCUGA